AUGCCUCUCUUCUCAAGUAAAACUCCCUUCAAGAUUGAAAAGAUUGACCUCACCACAACACUCAGUCUCAAACAGUGGUCAAGUGAGAAUUUGAAACAGUGGUUGUUGGAUGCUGGUUACGAUAAAAAGACAGUUGUUGAUCCAAUUUAUAAACAACAAUUUGAUGGAUCGGCCAUUAUUAUUAUCAAACCAGAGGAUUUGCUAGACAUUGGUAUUCCAAGAGGAGCUACUCUUUCUUUACUGUCAAAAGUCAAAGAUUUAGUAGACCAACAGGUACAACUUGGUUUGAUUCAGGAUAGUAAUAUGGCAACUGGUUUGCAAUUAUCUAAGAGCCCUCGUGCUGGAGUUGCUCAUUCACCUCGAACAAAUGUUUCACCUAGAAAUUCGAAUAAUAAUUCGAAUAGUGUUGGAGCACCACUAACAACACAUACAACAACAAGUACAUCGGUUUCUCCAAGAAAUAAUAGUAACAACAACAAUAGUAAUCAUCAAUUACUUCCUCCAACAACUCCACAUCAGCAUCAAGGAGAUUCGAAUAAUAAUAAGAAACCACCUCUCCUACCACGUAAGUCAGAGGCAACUCUUUUACUCCAAGCAAAAGUUGUGCAGAAACAACACGAAGACGAACCAGAAAACCAGGAGGAAGCUUCCACUUUGUCUGUUUCCACAGUUUCUUCCAAUUUUCAUGAAGAAACAGAAGAAGAAACAGAUAAAUUGGAAGAUGAAUUAGCAUUUGAUAUUGAACAUGGUCUAAAGAUUAGUAAAACAGAUAGAGAUAUUGGAUGUGUAUCGAAUUUAUCAAAUGUUAUUGAUCCAAUUCACAUUGUUGAUGUGGAAAUGUGGAAUUUGGACGAAUUGAGUGAUCAAAAGAAAGAACAAUUCAAGUAUUGUUUUGAAAAAUUGAAGAGUAUGGUAAAAAGUCAUGGAGAAAAGUCAACUAGUACAGUUUGUCAAAAUUUAUCAUUUUCUGAAAGAUUCAGAUAUAAAUAUUUGAAUAGUAUGUGUGCUCCUCGAUAUGAUCAUGGUUCCAAUAAGGUAGAACCUUUCAUGAAGGUCAAAAUAAUCAUUACAGAAAUGGAUGAUAGCUCCCUCCACAGAUUUAUCAGAAGAUUCGGCUCCAUUCUCAAUAAUCCAUCCAUUCAAAAGAUGAAAUUUGGAAUGUUUCAUGCAGCUCUCAUUAUUGGACCUUGGUAUUUGGAAUGGGGAAAUAGCUCGAUAGCAGUUGUGAGAAAUCGAUCGAGUUCAAAGGCAGUUUUUGCAAUGGAUGUUGGGAAAAUUGAGGGUGAAAUUGAGGUUUCCAAGGCCAUUGAUAAACUGGCAGCCAUUUGUACCUAUUACAACACUAGAAAAUAUUACGAUAAUAGGAAGUGCAAUUGUCAACAUUUUGUGGAGGCAGUUCUUGAUCAUUUGGGUUUAAAGAAUGAAUUUGAGGAGAAAUUAGAGGGACCAUUAAGGAAAUAUGUGGAAUUAUUGAAAAAGGAGGGAGUUUGUGAAAUGAGCUAUCGAAUAGAUUCUGCCAUUAGAGAUUUAAUUCUCCAAGAUUCAGAAGUGAGUGAGGAAUUGAAACUUCUAGUCAAUCAAAAGUACAUUCUCUUCAAUAAUCACAGAAUUUUGGAUGAAUUCGUCAAUUCCAUCCAGAAGAAAAGCAAACUCUACUUUUCAGGCAGUGGCGAGUACGAUUAUCAAUUAUUGAAAGCAUUUGACAGAGCAUUCUGGCUUCAAACUCAAUCCUCUAAACAAUUAGAUCCCACCAUCUCACAACCACUCACUCGCAACAACAUUUGCAUGUGUCCUUUCAAUAAGGAUCACACUGAAAUGGAUUUAGUCAACAAUACCAUUGUUGGCAUUGAUUAUGAAUUUGGAAAUUUAAAAGCUGCCAUUCCAAUUCUUCGUAAACAGUAAAUUUAUUGAUUAAAUUAUAAUAUUUUGAAUAGUU